GGGUUCUUGGUGAGGCGGUUGGGGCUGUGGGCUGAGCGCUUCGACCAUGUCAGGGAGCGGGUCGGUGUGGAGCCGGGUGAGGGGGAGGCUGCGGGCCUUCCCCGAGGCCAUGGCCAACUGCGGGGCCGAGGCCGCCGCCUACGGGAAGUGCGUGCAGGCCGCCACGGGCCCCGGCGGGGAUCUGCGGAAGGAUGCAUGCGCCAAGGAGUUCGCCGCCCUGCGCGCCUGCUUCAUCACGGCGGCAAAGAAGCCGCCGAAAUGAACGGUCGGGAUGGACUCUUCCUUUCCGGAAUCACGGAUCCGGCUCAGCGGAAUCCCGGUGCCUGCGUCGCCCCGGCUCCGAGCGUCUGAAGAUAGCCGGGGUGUCUCCUUAGAGGACUGGGAACUUUUCCUGGGAAGAAUUAGGGGCCGGGAGUCCCCGUUCCCCUUCCCCUGAGUCUUUGAGCCGGGCAUAUUAGUUGCAUGGGAUUUCUCACCAGGGAAAAAUAAAGUGACCGGUGCAAUUUGGUG